AAGCCGCAGCCGAGAUCACGGGGGUCCCCAGUGGUAGGAUCCCCGCGACCAAACAUCUUAUCCCCUAUCCUUUGGAUAGGGGAUAAGAUGUCUAGGGGCGGAGUACCCCUUUAACUUGUCACUUCUCUACUGUGUACAGGAGCGAGUCAUGAACCAACAGAUACCCAGCUGACUGUGAUUUCCAGGGAAUAAAGUAACCCCCAUACAGAGGCAUGUCACCCUCUAGGCGUGACAGAAGCUUGAGGCCGGGCCGUCAUAGUGUUCCGUUGCCAUGGCCACCACUGCUCUUGUUGUGUUGUGUGUCGCUGCUCUGUGCAUUCUACAUAAUCUUGUGUUGUUGCUGUUUGCUGCCAGAUACUUCAAAUUGGUGUCUUCUAAGUCAAACAAUUGUGAUCUUCACAAAGGUGCUGAUGCCUUUUAUAAAAUACCCCAAGAGCACUCAACCACCAUGGAAAGAUUGGGACAGAAAAGCACAGAAGUCUGGUCUAAGACAUACAGUAUACAGUGUGAAUGGGGAUCAAUACACAGGAGAGUGGCUGAAUAACAAAAAACAUGGCAAAGGCACUUUUGUAUGGAAAAACACCAACUCCAUUUAUGAAGGAGAAUGGAAAUAUGGCAAAAGAAGUGGUUUUGGGACAUACAGUGUGCAAGAACCCAACUCUGAAGAAUAUGUAAAGGUUUAUUCUGGAUACUGGAAAAACGACAAAAAACAUGGCUAUGGAACAUAUUUCUUCACAGAUAAAGAGUAUUAUGAAGGCAACUGGAAGGCUGGACAAAGAAGUGGCUGGGGCAGGAUGUACUUUUCUAAUGGAGAUAUUUAUGAAGGAGAAUGGCAUGAAGACAAAUACUGUGGCCAAGGAAUGUUACGGUUAGCAAAUGAAAAUCGCUAUGAAGGUUCCUGGAGAGGAGGAAAGAAGCAUGGACCUGGAAAGUUUUAUUACCUUGACAAAGGCCAAAUUUAUGAAGGAAUAUGGGUAGAAGAUAUUCCAAAAUGUGGAACUAUGGUGGAUUUUGGGCGUGCAGAAGCACCAUACCCAACAAAAUAUCCCAUUCCAGAGGUAAAAGUGGCAGAUCCUGAAGGUGUUCUUAAAGUGGCUCAAACAGAAUUUCUUGAAAAAGAAAAAUGAAAACAGCUGUACUGAAACCUUUGCAUGGGAAAUGCCCAUUUAAAGUCAUGUGCCAUUUGUAAAUAAAUAUAUAUAUUAUAUUUGCCAAGUUAGGUGCAGUUUUGCUUUAAGGGUACGGUAACACCUACCGCUUACACUGCGUAUUUCAUGUUGCACAAAAUCUGCUGCUGCUGCUGCAGUGGGAAAUAGGCUGUGUAAUCCCCGAUCACCAUACACACAAGGCUUUCCGGCAGCAGCCCUGUGUGUGCAAUGAGUUUUGGAAGUGGGGCUGCGCGCUGGCGUGAGACUGUACGCUUAAAAAGAAACACAGGCAUUUCACGUGUUACCUGGGCUUCAACAUUUCUACUUCUAUAUAU